AAAAAUACGUAAGUAAAUAAUAUAAAAAUAAAGAUAACAACCAGGAUAUUGAAUUUUCGUAAGAAUGUUGAUAAAUUAUUUUUAUAAAACCGAGUUAUUUUUAAUUCAAUGACCGACUACCUCUGAUAAAAUGUUUUGUUUACUCGUAUCACCAAGCGGACUAAUCUAAACCGCAAACUCACACAUCGUAAAAAAAGAAAUACCAGAAUAGAAUAAAUGAAGCGAAAAAACAUACAAGGCAACAAGUGCAUUUUCAAUCGUAUCAAGAGUUGUGUGUAUUAAGUGGUUUGUUCGUUAAUUAGAUAAUUGUUAAUGUUGUUACAAACGAUUGUUCAAAGUCAAAGUGUUUUACAUUUAAAAUGAGUGGUUUUAUUGUCGAUACCGCGGAUGGAAAAGUGAAAGGAAAAGUUUGUGAUGAUUAUUUGGGCGGAAAGUUUUUCGGGUUUUAUGGGAUACCCUACGCUAAGCCCCCAAUAGGAGAUUUACGAUUUAAGCCUCCUCAAGAACAAGAACCAUGGCAAGGCAUAAAAGAUGCCACCAAGGAAGGACCAGCUUGCCCAUCAAGACAUUUGGUGGGACAAUAUUUUAUGGGAAAAGAGGACAACUGUCUUAAUCUCAACGUAUUCACAAAACAUAUACCCAAAAAUGACGAAGAAUCUUUAAAACCCGUCAUGGUCUUCAUUCAUGGGGGUGGUUUUGUCUAUGGUAACAAUAAAGGCGAGAUUUAUGGGCCACAAUUUCUUUUAAUUGAAGAUAUUGUUUUGGUAGUCGUAAACUAUCGAAUAGGAGUUUUUGGAUUUUUGGCGUUGGAAGAUCAAUCCUUAGGAAUCUCUGGAAAUGCUGGUCUCAAAGAUCAAGUAAUGGCCUUGAAAUGGGUGCAAAGGAACAUCAGACAUUUUGGAGGUGAUCCAAACAAUGUUACCCUUUUUGGACAAAGCGCUGGGUCUGCCUCCACACAUCUACACAUGCUUUCUCCUUUAUCGAAAGGCCUUUUUCACAAAGCAAUUUGCCAAAGUGGCGUAGCCCUAAAUCUUUGGGCAAAAGGGUUUCCAAACGCAAAAGUUAUAGCCAGGGAUUUAGGUUACAAGGAAACCGAUGAAAAAAGUAUUUUUGAAAAACUGAAAAUGGAAUCUGUGAGAAAAAUUGUCAAUGCGCAGUAUAAAAUCGAUGAAGAUCUUAAUCCAGAUCAGCAACGUCCCUAUUGCCCCAUUAUAGAACACCCAUCGGAUGAAGCAUUUUUAUCAGAGGACCCAGUGGAAAUCAUAAAAUCUGGUAGAUAUAAUAAAGUACCUUUCAUGAUUGGAUACACUUCAAAAGAAGGAAUACUGUAUGCUUUAUUUGGAAAAAUAAUUCCAAAUAAACUACCAAAGAAUUUAGAGCAUGAAGUCCCUUUUGAUUUGAACAUAAAUGGAGAUGCAGAUAAAGAAAAAAUUGUCAAGAAAAAGAUUAGAAAGUUUUAUUUCAAUAACAAAGAACUGACUGGGGACACUAUAGAUGAGUUUUUUCAUCUUAAAGGUGACUUGGGGUUCAAAUACCACAUCCAGAAAGCCUUGGAACUGCACAGGUCGACCAACGAAAACCCCAUGUAUUUCUACAUCUUCUCACAUGAUGGGCCGAUGAAUCUGGCUAAAGAUAUGGCCUUGAAAGAGCAUCGGUAUACGACGCUUGGUACUUUGUUAUUGGCCAGUAUAUCUCAAGGAGUUAAUUGGGUGAACAAGUUGGCGCACGCUUGGAUGAAAAAGAUACCGGAGAAGAAAAUUGAUGGGCCUUGUCACUGCGAUGAGUUAUCCUACAUGUUCAGGCAGAGUAUACACCCGAAGAUUGAGCCUGGAAGUCAAAAUGAUUUUUAUGUCAGACGUAUGGUUAAGUUGUGGACGAAUUUUGCGAUGCAGGGCCAUCCGACUCCUCACAGGCAAGAUGAAUUAUUGAAUAAUAUUGUUUGGGAAGCAAUUACCAAAGAUAACCUCAAUUACUUGAAAAUCGACGCUAAAUUAAGUAUGGACAUGGAUCCUGAUAAAGCGAUAAUCGAUUUUUGGGAUGAUAUUUAUAGUAAUAAAAAUUAAUAUUUUAUUUAAAAAAAAUAAAAACAUUAAACCCUAAAUAUAUGCAUUUUAUUGGUAAAAAUCAAUGAUGAAAGUAUGCAUUGUAAUUUUCAAGUGCAG